AUGUCUGGUGAACAAGAAGUGGAUUAUGAUGAUCAAUGGAAGCAAGAUAUCCCAUCAGGUUUUAGGUUUGCUCCAACUGAUGCAGAGCUGCUACAAUAUUAUCUUAGACGUAAGGUGAAUGGAGAAUCUAUCUGGCCAGGAAUAAUACACGAGGUCGAUGUCUACGAAUGUGACCCUUAUCACCUUCAAGGAAUAAGUACGGAAGAGGAAUUUACGUAUUUCUUCACAAGCAGAGGACGAAAACAUCCAAAUGGAUCAAGGACAGACCGAAAUACAAGAGAUGGAAAGGGAUAUUGGAAGAUGACGAGCAAACUCACUAAUGUAUAUGCUGAUAAAAAUGAUAUUAGCUCAUACUUAGGUAAAAAGAACACACUUGUUUAUUUUGUUAAAGCCCCUAAAGGCAAAAAGGAUCCCAAGACUAACUGGAUAAUGCACGAGUUUGAACUUGCCCAGAAGAAGGUGGACUCUCCCUCAACAUCGUCUUGCCCAUCUCAGGAAAAACCGUUCAACGAUUACGUAGUAUGCAGAGUUUAUAACAGGCAAGUUAAGGACAAAAGAGAAACGGACGAGGAAAAGGACUUAAUAGAUUCUUUGAUUGGGUCCAAGCCCGUCAUGACUGAUCAUAACAAUGGAGAAGCAGCACAAGUGCUACCAUCAACAAAGCGAAAAUUCGAGCCUAAGAACGAAACCAUAACGUGUGAUCACCCACAUGCUAUAGCCAUGGGCAUGAAUUCGAAUUAUUUCUAUGCUAGCCAUGAAUUACAAGCUGCUACAAUGUUGAGUAAUACGAUGACAUCUAACAAUUUUGAUGACACGUUAAAGGCUAUUACUUCAUCAUCAUCUCAAGAUAUUGUGGCACCGGGAGAAGGGGUGCUAGGAGUUGAGGGUAUCAGUGAUCAGGUUCGAGCAAUUGUUUAUCAAGAAUACAUGUGUCAGCAAAGUCCUCACAUAGCGGAAAAACAAAAUUCAGGACUUGUUGAUCAUGUGGAAAUUGGAGCAAAUGAUGCACAAGAGGGCCCUCAUAAUGUGACAACUAGAAGAGUUGAUGAGAUUGAUUAUGAUAAUAUUUCUCUUGGUUUAGCAAAUAAUAUGGGCCCAGUUACUAUGGGUGAUCUAUGGGAAAGAUACUUUGGAAGUUGA